GAGGUUCUCUUCUAAAACUAGAUCUGUCAAGUAGCACAGAAUAAAGGACUUUUAUCUUCCAGCAUGGUGGCUGUAGAAAUGGCUUCUGGGCCACCGACCUGUACUAAGCAUGCUUACUUUGUACUAAGAGAAGGUGAACAAACGGUAGGGAGCAAUAGCGCAGGGAGACACAAUUGAAACCUUGGCUUAUUUAUUGUUUGGGAUCCAUAAGCAUUCUUACCUCCAGAAUGCACCAGUAUAUGUUCUCCAAUAAACAUCCGGAGAUUGGAGGCAUACACUGUAGGGGUGCAUAAAUGAACAUUUCGGCAAGAGUGCUAAUGCUGCAGACCUAGACCUCAGACAGUGUGCAUUUACAGAAAUGUCACGGAGAAGGAGGCGUUGUGAUCAUUAUGGGAUCGGUGAUGGUUCACAGUUCUUGAGUGAAGAGAGGGGUGUUUGUGGUAAAAUGGAGCCAGGAACUCGUGGUAUUUUUUGAAGGUGGGAAAGCGGGAAGGAAGAUGCUGAUAAAUGGUGUUGGAGUUUCCAACUUUUUUACAUGGUUCUAGUAUUUUAACAUUAAUCGAUCGUGUUCUUUGGUGCAGGUCUAAACGUUCAGACUUGACGUUAUUUAAAGUCCUACUUCAUUUCUGACAAGACACUUUAUAGUCUGCUGGCAGAAGUUUGCUUACCACAAGAACUCCUUUCAUGAUUAAACAAGUCAAGUUGCUGCAAGUGGCUUCAGGUGGAAAACUGGAGGAGAAUGCACCCGGCUGGAAGUAUUUAAAAAGGACAGGAAAAGAAAAGGCAAGAGAAAAGAUGGUAUAUGGUAGAAGUGGUAAUUCCCUCCUCUCAUUUUUAAUUUUUUCUUUCAUCACUUCGCUUGACCCCAUGUUUAUGGGUUUCCGUAAACAUGGCAGAGAGACAAGGCCAGAGCGUCGCAGUCAUAAUGGCAGCAGCAAACUGCAGAGCAGAGUCUUAGUCUUAUUUUUAUCCAUGUAUCAAAGAUUCUGCUACCGAGAAAAUGUUCAGGCACCCUCCUGCUUGAAAUCUCUGCAUUUCCGCAGAGAUUGAAGAGAAAAAGAGAAGGCAGACUGAUUGUUUCGUUCCCUACUUCUGCUGUUGCUGCUGCUGAGGACUGCUACCAUUCUUGCACCAUCCUUUUCUUCUCCUCCAUUUUCCCUCUUUUUUUUGUUUUUUUUUUUCCAUUUUUUUCCGUUCCUUCUACGUGGGUAUUGGCUCAAUAGAGGGACAUGAUCAACACAAGGAACAGGCCCCCUUUUACUGCAUCACAAUGGCAAGAACUUGAACACCAAGCUCUCAUCUUUAAGUACAUGGUGGCCGGAGUCCCUGUUCCUCCUGACCUUGUACUGCCCCUAAGAAGAAGUUUUGAUUCCAUCUCCGCAUCGCUUCUUCAUCAACCAACUGUAGGAUGGGGUUGCUUGCAGAUGGGUUUCGGUAGGAAAGCAGACCCUGAGCCUGGCAGAUGCAGGAGAACAGAUGGGAAAAAAUGGAGAUGCUCCAAGGAUGCAUUUCCGGACUCGAAGUACUGUGAGCGGCACAUGCACAGAGGCCGGAACCGUUCAAGAAAGCAUGUGGAAGUGAACCCAUCCCCAACGACUCAACCAUCCUCUUCAUCCUCAUCUUCAUCCAAAUCUUUACUGGCUGCCAAUCACCAGGCUGUUCCAUUCCUUCCGUUGCAUGGCUCCCGUUCCUCCUCUUCCACAGCCUUCAACAUUGGAUUCUCACACCAGCCAAGCGGUAUCCCUCUACAACUUGACUCGGGUUCAUAUUCUUCUUCGGACAAGGACUACAGAUAUUUUCAUGCAUUGAAAGAGGAUGUAGAUGAGCAGUCUUUCCUCUCAAGAGGUUCGGGCAGUUCGAGAAGCGCCGAAGCUACUUCUCAAGAGAAUCAGUGGAGUUUAAUGCCGCUCAAACUUGGCAUUCAUGACCAGAAGAAGGAGACAAAUGACUCUAUCUUGCAGAAUGACUUCUCACAGUUUGUGACAAUUGAAGAUCUUUCAAGGCAGCAGCCGCAGCAUUGUUUUUUAGGCAACGAUUUCAUGGCAGAACAAUCUAGGAGCAUGAGAGAAGACCAGAGAGCGCAAGAAGUUCAGCCACUUCGGUGCUUCUUCGAUGAUUGGCCUAAAGACAGGGAUUCUUGGUCUGGCUUCGGUGAAGAUCGAUCCAAUGACAAGUCUUUCUCAACCACCCAGCUCUCGAUUUCCAUCCCCAUGGCGUCUUCAGAUUUUUCUUCCACUAAUUCGUGAUCCUCAUAGGCAACAUAAGGAUGAUGGAAUUCUGCUAGACAGUCAGAUUUCAGUACUGAAAAAUAUGAGUUUGCAACAGCUGUGGAGCUACACAGGUCCAGUCAGUCAACUGAUGUGCAAGCAUAUUUACUUUUUUGCUUUCUGCAACGAUUCAUUGCUCCUGUUUUUUUUUUCCUUUUCCUCUUUCUUCCUCCCUCGCCUUUCUUUAUCUUGCCCCACUUUACUAUGUUUGAGAACUGAUGCGUAGUGAGUUUUGAAUAAUGUGCAUGUGCAACAACUGGCUACUA